GACCGGAAGUGCGUGGGUUAUUGGGCUGGCUCUGCUUAGGGUUUUCAGGAAACGUGGAAGAGACUACGGCAGCUGGAGCUGAAGGACUCUUGUGAUCUCUGGGCGCCCUUUGAGAGGAAAGGGGAGGUAGCAGGAUGCCACUGGAAUCAUCUUCCUCGUCCGUGCCACCAUCCUGCCCUUCUGUGUUACCUGCAGUGCCAGACGACAUUAACAGAGCUUCCCCUCCUCCAAUGUCUUACAUCACUUCCCAUGAGAUGAAGUGUAUUCUUCACUGGUUUGCCAGUUGGUCAGGUCCCCAGCGGGAACGUUUUCUACAGGACCUGGUAGCUAAGGCAGUGCCUGGGAAACUGCAGCCACUGCUGGAUGGCCUGGAGCAGCUCAGUGUGUCUGGGGCAAACCGACCGCCUUGUAUCUUUGAGUGUCAGCUGCGUCUUUGGGAUCAGUGGUUUCGAGGUUGGGCCGAGCAGGAGCGCAAUGAAUUUGUCAGACAGCUGGAGGUCAGUGAACCAGAUUUCGUGGCAAAGUUCUACCAAGCAGUGGCUGCCACUGCUGGUAAAGACUGAUAGGCAUUCAGAUGGAGAAGAUAACUCCAUGUGAUCUAGCCAAAGACCAUGACUGUAGUGAAGAUUCAGUGCACCUGCUGGGGUAGUGGUGUGCCUUUUCUUCCAGCACCGGGAGGCGGAGGCAGCCUGGUCUACAGAUCAAGUUCCGAGCCAGUCAGUGCUACAAAGUGCUACAAAGUGAGACCCUGCCUUAAGGGAAAAAACUGCUUGAACUUCAUGAUGAGUGCCAGCACUAUUUUUAACUUUGUAAUAUGUCACCUGAACUCUAUAAAUGUGAUCCGUUUAAACAAAUCUGAUUAUGUCAGGCACCUGCUUUAUUUACAGGAGAUGUCUAAAUCUCAAGAAUUUAAUGACUUGUUACUGUAACUAAAAAGAGCUUAUAUCUCAUUGCCAGGUGGUGGUGGCGCACACCUUUAAUCCUAGCACUUGGGAGGCAGAGGCAGUCAGAUCUCAGUGAUUUCGAGGCCAGCCUGGUCUACAAAGCAAGUUCAAAAGAGUUGGUUUUCUCGGUCCACUUUGUAGCUCCUCAGGGAUCAAACUCGGGGAAAUGACCUUACCCAUCUUGCUGGCUGACAUCAUACUUGUCUUACUUUAAACUGAUCUCCUGUGCCGUGCAUGUAUCUCAUGAUAGUUAAGUGGUAGAUGGUCCCACUUGGAGUGUAGCUCGUUUCUGACAAGCCAGAGUUCCCAGUGCACCCACCAGAAUUAGCAACAGUAGGCAGAAUCCCGUGGAUAGAAGUCGGGCAGUCAGAGAGAGGUUAUGGUCCCAGGAAGUCGGUGGCCUAGGAACAGGAAAGGCACUGUUUGUCCUGCAGUAGUGUUAGGCGUUAACGGAAUAGAAACCUGUUUGGAUCAAGCACUAGGGCAAGCAAGGCAGUAAAAGCCAAUGUUGAACCCAAAAUGUGGGGAUGGAACCAAGGUCCAAGUCUCCAGCAGCUUCAAGGACGGAAAGGAGAAUUAAUGAUAAUGAUGACUAGCUUAUGGGAAGACACUGUUUUGGUAGCUAGAUUUAUAAAGCGAGAGGUGUGAUGGCACAUGUUUACGGAUGACCCCAGUACUCCUGAGGCAGGAGAUCAGAAGUUCAAGAUCAUCCUUAGUUCUAGUAAGUGUGAGGCCACCCUGAUGCUAAAUGAGACUUUGUCUCAAAAAAAAAAAAAAAGAAAGACACCAAACCUACAGCUGGGGAGGCAGAUGCAGAUGAAUCUGUGAGUUCAAGGCUACCCCACAAAGUAAGUUCUAGACCAGCCAGGGCUUCACAGUGAAACCCUGUCUUACCCUCUCCUGUCCCCCUCCCGCCCCCACCCCCCCAAAAAAAACAAGACAACAACUGAAAUCCCUGAGUUCUAGGGAUGGGGCCCUAUUGCUGUUUGAUGGGCCUAAGGUGAUGUUGGGCGUCUUUUUACUGAUCUACAUAACCUUGUUUAGAAAAAGGUACACGUAAAUGCAUGUUUAACAAAUGUGAUUUCAGGGGCUGGAGAGGUGGCUCAGCAGUUAAGAGCAUUGCUUGCUCUUCCAGAGGUCCUCAGUUCAAUUCCCAGCAUCCACAUAGUGGCUCCCAACCACCUAUAGUGGGAUCAGAUUGCCCUCUUCUGGCAUAAAAUUGCACAUGCAGAUAGAGCGCUCAUACAUAAAAAUAAAUAAAUCUUAAAACAGA